AUGAAGCUACCUUAUUACAAAUCAAGCAGGGUAUUCUUGAACAGCUCAGAAAAAGCUCAAGUAUGGAUAGUUGUCUGUGAUAUGGGAUCGUUUAACGACGAUGCGAUUAACACUUUUAAAGAGGUUCUUGAAGAAAUCAAAGAAACGGGUCCAUUCGACAGCGCCUUUAUAUUCCACAACUGUGGCACUGUUGGUGAUGUGUCAAAACGAAGUACAGAAUUGAGUAAUCCGGAUCAAUGGCAGAACUUCCUUAGUGUAAAUCUCGUCGCUAUGGUCCAAUUCAAUAAUCUAUUACUGAAUUCAAUCACGAAAGAGGUUGCCAAACAACGAUUCGUUGUAAAUAUCACGUCUUUAGUCGCCAUUCAAGGCUUUCCUUCUUUAACACAGUACUCUGUGGGAAAAGCAGCUCGUGAAGCGUUUUUCCGCGGUCUAGCAGUCGAAGAUCAGACUGUCAAGGUGUUCAACUACGCGCCAGGGCCAGUUGACACAGCAAUGCACGAUGUGGUUGCGAAACAGUCAUUCGACGAGGGAAUACGAGCCGUAUUCUCGCAGAACACUUCACUUACCCAUGACGCUCAUCGUUCCUGCUUGACUACAACGCAAACAGUUGAGAAAAUGCUCAAACACCUCGAGGAGAACAAAUUCCAAAGUGGCGCCCGCAUUGAUUAUUUUGAUGAUGAAAAGUGA